AUGGCUCGCCCCGAGAUCUCGCGGCCCAAGUCCGUCCAUACCGAGGACAAGCGGUGGACCGUCAAGACACUGUCCCAGCGGCUGAGCUCGCAGUUCUCUUCGGCCCACCCGCAUCCGCAUCCCCCUCGCAUCUCCCGCCCCGGGACACCCAACUCGUGGCGGAGUCAGGGAGAAUGGGAUGCCUACUCCGCCGCCAGCGACAGCCGGCCGGGCAGCCGGCGGACCUCCACCUCGUCCAGGUCCAGCAGCAGCAGCAGCAGCUAUCGUGGCAAGUCGAGGGAGAGACGCAAGACCAGCGGCAGCUCCCUGAGCCAGGACGACGGCUACGUCGUCGAGAAGCCGUCCAAGUUCGUAACCGACUUCGGCUGGCCCAUCCUGCCGGACCCCUUGAACCCCAACAAGAAGCUCACGCCGCGCCAGCUCACGGCGCAGAGGGUCUGCUUCAUCCUCGUCGUCUUCCUCCUCAACAUCGGCCUCGCCGCCGUCGCCUGCUUCGGCAACACGGGGCUGGCGACGCUCGUCUUCAUCCUGUUCGUCAAGUGCAAAGACUUCCUCUCCUCGCUGCUGUCCCUGGUCUGCCUGACGGGCACCUCCGUCUACCGCCGCUUCCGCCCGCCCGCGCCCGUCUCGCAGCGCUGGAUCCUCUCGCUGAUCCCGGCCUACUCGGAGAGCGAGGAGCAGCUCAUCAAGACGGUCUACUCCCUGCGCGACAACGGGUGCGCGCCGCACCGGCAGGUCAUGUGCAUCGUCCUCGACGGGAAGCCUAGGAACAUCAAGACGGAGUUCUCGCGCGUCGUCGCCGACAUCGAGCGGCCCUACCACUCGCUCAAGUACAAGAAGAGCACGCUGCGUAUCACGGCCGGUUUCAUGCAGGACGUGCCCGUCAUCGUCAUAGAAAAGGUCAAGAACAGCGGCAAGAAGGAUUCGCUCGUCCUCACGCACGACCUAUUCAACGCGCCGCGCGACAACAUGCCGACCUACACCCGCCUCCUGCGCGAGGAGGUCUGGCGGACCAUCCUCCCGGCCCUGACAGAGGGCACCGGCUUCCGCGCCUUCGACAUGGUCUUCUGCACCGACGCCGACUCCGUCAUCCACCAGGGCUGCGUCGCCAAGCUGGCCAACGCACUCGCCCGCGACAAGAACGCCAUCGCCACCUGCGGCCUCGUGCUCGUCGAGCUGGAGCCGGGCUACGAGUGGUCGUUCUGGAACCUCUACCAGCAGCUGCAGUACACCUUUGGCCAGUUCGUCCGGCGCCGCGCCGAAGGGUUCAUCGGCAAGGUCACCUGCCUCCCGGGCUGCGUCACCAUGGUCGCCGUCCGCGACGAGAUGGCCGGCGCCAUCGCCAAGUACGCGCGGCCCGUCAAGGAGGACUGGGUCGUCCACCACCAGGUCCAGAACCUGGGCACCGACCGCCGGCUGACGUACUGCAUGCUCAGCCAGGACGCGAAGCUGCGCACCGUCUUCGUCCCCGACGCCGUGUCCGAGACGGUCGCGCCGCAGUCGUUCAAGCACUACGUCCACCAGCGGCGGCGAUGGGGCUCCAACGCCUACUUCAACAAUUACUUUUACUUCGCGGGCGAGAACAUGAUCCUCAUCACGCGCAUCGCCGCCGCCAUCGACAUUGCCCGCCAGACGCUCGUCUACUACCGCGUGCUCAAUACCAUCCUCUUCAUCCGCGCCAUCGUCCACUCGUUCCACUUCCUGGACGUCCUCCCGCUGCUGGUCGUCGGCCAGUUCCCCGUCAUCUGGUUCUGCGUGUGCCUCGCCGUCGAGCCCGCUCUGCGCCAGCGCGCCCACAAGAUCAUCCUCGGUUUCUUCGUCAACAAGCUCGUCUCGCCCUUCAUGUCCAUCAUCAUCUUCACGGCCGUCGCCAUGAACCUCGGCAACGCCGUCUGGGGCAUGUCGGGCGUCACGGCGUCGUCUGCGCCGGCGACCCCGGCCAAGGACAAGCUGUCGGAGGCGGAGGAGGGAAAGGCCGGGGUGAAACGGCCGGAAAGCCCCAUCUCGCGUCCUCCGUCGCCGCCCGAGGUGCUCUGA